AUAUAUCUAACCAAUCACUAAGCUUCUGCUUUAUAUUAUUUCAGUUACAGGACGCGCAGUGAAAGCACCAGAGAGAGAAAGAGAGUAGAGGACCAACUAAUCUAAUGGCGGAGAAGAGCUUCAAGUACGUGAUCGUUGGUGGUGGCGUAGCCGCUGGAUAUGCAGCAAGGGAGUUUGGCAACCAGGGGGUUAAGUCAGGUGAAUUGGCAAUCAUCUCCAAGGAAGCGGUGGCUCCUUAUGAACGUCCUGCACUUAGCAAGGCAUAUCUUUUCCCUGAAGGAACUGCAAGGCUUCCAGGAUUCCAUGUCUGUGUUGGAAGUGGAGGGGAGAGGCUGGCUCCUGAGUGGUACAAAGAGAAAGGAAUAGAGUUGAUCCUUAGCACAGAAAUAGUCAAAGCAGAUCUUGCUACCAAGACUCUAACAAGUGCAGCAGGAGAAACCUUCAAGUAUCAGAUUUUGAUUAUUGCAACAGGUUCCACUGUUAUAAGAUUGACAGAUUUUGGCGUCCAAGGAGCUGAUUCCAAGAAUAUAUUCUACUUGAGAGAAAUUGAUGAUGCUGAUAAGCUUGUAGAAGUAAUUAAGGCAAAGAAAGAUGGGAAAGCUGUAAUCGUGGGAGGAGGAUACAUCGGUCUUGAGCUUAGUGCAGCACUGAGAAUUAAUAAUAUUGAUGUCACAAUGGUUUAUCCUGAACCAUGGUGCAUGCCUCGUCUUUUUACUGCCGAAUUAGCUGCUUUCUAUGAGGGUUAUUAUGCUAAUAAAGGAAUCAACAUUAUCAAGGGAACAGUUGCUGCUGGGUUUACUGCCGAUUCAAAUGGGGAGGUAAAGGAGGUGAAACUUAAGGAUGGUAGAGUAUUGGAAGCUGACAUUGUCGUUGUUGGUGUUGGUGGAAGGCCACUUACAGCAUUAUACAAAGGGCAGGUUGAAGAGGAGAAAGGUGGAAUAAAGACCGAUGCAUUUUUCAGAACAAGUGUUCCUGAUGUGUAUGCCGUUGGUGAUGUUGCUACUUUUCCUUUGAAAUUGUACAAUGAGCUGAGAAGAGUUGAACACGUUGACCAUGCCCGCAAAUCAGCUGAGCAGGCUGUGAAGGCCAUUAAAUCAAGCGAGGAAGGGAAAACAAUUGAUGAGUAUGACUACCUUCCAUACUUCUACUCUCGUGCCUUUGAGCUGUCCUGGCAAUUCUAUGGUGACAAUGUUGGUGAGUCGGUGUUCUUUGGGGACAGUGAUCCAAAAGCACCAAAGCCAAAGUUUGGAUCAUACUGGAUCAAAGACGGAAAGGUUGUUGGAGCAUUUCUGGAAGGUGGAAGUCCUGAUGAAAACAAGGCUAUUGCUAAAGUUGCGAGAGUCCAGCCUUCAAUUCAGAAUUUGGAUCAGCUCACAAAGGAAGGUCUUUCCUUUGCCUGUAACAUUUGAUUAUUUCCUUGCGCAACAUCUCCCUAUGAGUCUACGUUGUGGCACUGCUGCGUGUUUUUCCAUUUCAAUUCUGUAAUUUACUUUUGAGGAUAUUCUUGCUGUUGUCAUUCUGCUUUUAGUGGCUAUGUACAGAACGCAGGAUUGCCUUUCUGGGAUGGUUAUUUGUUUUAUUUUUUAUUUCCAAGGUUUGGAAUGGUAAUUAUUCUUUACAA